GCUGGGCACAAAGGUGUGCAGCUGCAGUGCCAGCUACUUUCAAGGCCUAGACAGGGUACUUGGGGCCAGGAGUCCCAGACUAGCGUGGACAACCCAGAGACCCCAUCUUCUAACAACAAAUAUGAGAUGAGCGGCCAGUGUGCGGAAGCCAAUGUGCACGAAAUCACCUCUUCCCUUCACCAGCAAGUCCAUCUCCGCCUUUCCUCCAGAGGCAGCCGCAAAGGCUGGCCCCUUUGUGAUUGGAUGACUGUGACCCAGUCGGGCCGCAGACUGCCAUCACCUUCCAAUCAGGGCUGGGGCAGACCCUCAACAGGAGCCAAUCAGAGUCUGGAGCUCGAGAACACAAAGAGCGACCAAUCAGAGGAGGAGUGGUUCACCGCUGCUCAAUCAGCAGCUGUGCGCGCGAGGCCCACGGUGGGCCAAUCAGCGUGGAGCGAGAGCUGGGGUUUGUGCGCGCCGGUAUAAGGGGGAAGCGGUGCCGGUCCGCGCAUCUGGGCUGUGUGCGGUGCUAGAGGCCGGGGGUGAAGUUUUGGUGAAUCCAGGAGCUUUCAGACUGGAAAGGCCUUCCUUUCCCCUGGUAGUCUCCACCAUGAUCCACAGUCUCUUCCUCAUCAACUCCUCUGGUGACAUUUUCCUGGAGAAACACUGGAAGAGUGUUGUCAGUCGUUCUGUUUGUGAUUACUUUUUUGAGGCUCAGGAGAGAGCCACCGAAGCAGAAAAUGUGCCUCCAGUUAUUCCCACCCCUCACCACUACCUCCUAAGUGUUUACCGCCAUAAGAUCUUUUUCGUGGCUGUGAUCCAAACGGAGGUCCCGCCUCUGUUUGUCAUCGAGUUCCUUCACCGAGUAGUGGACACGUUUCAGGAUUAUUUUGGAGUGUGUUCAGAGCCAGUGAUCAAAGACAAUGUGGUUGUGGUGUAUGAGGUACUGGAAGAAAUGCUUGACAAUGGGUUUCCCUUGGCUACUGAGUCAAACAUUCUCAAGGAACUGAUAAAGCCACCCACUAUCCUUCGGACGGUUGUCAACACCAUAACAGGAAGUACCAACGUGGGUGACCAGCUUCCAACUGGACAGCUGUCAGUGGUGCCCUGGCGACGGACUGGCGUGAAGUACACCAACAAUGAGGCCUAUUUCGAUGUGAUCGAAGAGAUUGAUGCCAUUAUUGAUAAGUCAGGCUCUACGAUCACUGCUGAGAUCCAGGGGGUGAUCGAUGCCUGUGUCAAGCUGACUGGGAUGCCAGACCUCACGCUUUCCUUCAUGAACCCCAGGCUGCUGGACGAUGUCAGCUUCCAUCCUUGUGUCCGUUUCAAGCGCUGGGAGUCCGAGCGGACCCUGUCCUUCAUCCCCCCCGAUGGGAACUUUCGCCUGCUCUCCUACCAUGUCAGUGCCCAGAAUCUGGUUGCAAUUCCAGUGUAUGUGAAACAUAAUAUCAGUUUCCGGGACAGUAGCUCACUUGGACGCUUUGAAAUAACAGUGGGACCCAAGCAGACGAUGGGGAAGACCGUAGAAGGAGUGAUCGUCCUCAGCCAGAUGCACAGAGGGGUCCUGAACAUGAGCCUCACUCCAUCCCAGGGGACACACACAUUUGACCCAGUGACAAAGAUGCUGUCUUGGGAUGUAGGAAAAAUAAAUCCUCAAAAGCUUCCAAGUUUGAAGGGCACCAUGAGUCUGCAGGCUGGAGCUUCCAAACCGGACGAGAACCCCACAGUUAACCUGCAGUUUAAGAUCCAGCAGCUGGCCAUUUCCGGACUCAAAGUGAAUCGUCUGGAUAUGUAUGGAGAAAAAUACAAACCCUUUAAGGGCAUAAAAUACAUGACCAAAGCUGGGAAAUUCCAAGUUCGAACCUGAAGGGAGUUUUGUGGAAGGAACAAUCACAAACACUUUUUCAUUUCUUACUUGUCUAAAAGUAAAAAAUAUCAGCCUGUCUCUUAGGUCAGUCUCCCCAGGGCUCGCUGGCUCCCUUUUUUCCUUAGCCUCAGAGUGCCGUGGAACUAAUCAAGGGAGAGAAGGUUGCCAGGAAGAAUGGGACAGGACUGAGCUGCGUCAGCACCAGCUCAGUUCUCAAGGAGGUGUUUGAGGAAAGGUGAUAACUGCUUUUAACGUGGGUACUUUAGACAAACAUCAGCACUGUUGCUUGCUUGGCUUUAAUUAUCUAAAGUCAAUGCAAGAUUUCUUUAUUGAUUUUUUUUAAGGUAGAAAGAGAAGAAGAAAAGGAAGAGAUGAGGUGGAAAAUGAAUGUUGAAGAAAGCCAGCUAAAAGAUGAAUCUGAGGCUGAGGUUGUGCUCUGGGGUAAAGGGUGUGUUUAGCAGGCUCUGGAUUCAGUCUAUGGUGCGUGUGUGUGUGUGUGUAU